AUGGCCAUAGGUCUUAGCGAAGUGAUGCGAUCGGAAGUGGAGGGUGGUUUAGCUGGGCCGGCUAAUCCGAUACCCCACGAAUCGCUUGAUUGCGGUUGCAGGCAACUGCCAUGUCCGAAAUUAGCCAAAUUCGCGACCCGCAGACUUUUUGUUGGUCUACUGUCAUGGGUCGGAUUCAUUCAAUCCGCUGCUUACGCGUAUCUCUACAUCGCAACACCCACGAUAUCGAGGAGGUUCCAAUUCGACCCCUACACAAUGGAGUGGGCACUUGCAGUGUCAGAAAUUUCACCCGUCCUUUUUGGAAUAGUCAUUGCGUAUUGGGGUGACAGAAUUCAUAGACCCGCGUGGAUUGGCGGCAUUGUCAUUUUGCAAAGUGUCUCGUAUUUUACUAUGAUAAUUCCUCAUUUAACGCAUCAGACGAAGGUCGUUGAAGAAGCCAAAAAUAUCACGCACAUGUCAAUAUACUCCGAUGAUAAUCGGCAGAUAUGUUUGGAAACUUCGUCGAGAAUUGUUUCGAAAGGAGAAGAGACCUGCUAUUUUACGUUGACAGUGAUUUUUAUCGUACAAUUUAUAAACGGUAUGGCGAAUGUUGUGUAUUACGCGUUAGGUAUCUCUUAUUUAGAUGACAAUACGAAAAAAAAGAACGUGGCUGUAUUCAUUAGUGAACUGAUAGCCGUGAAGAUUACCGGUGUCCUUUUGGGAUUCAUACUGGCAUGGGUCUGCCUUGGGAUCGAUGCAGAGAAGUUUACUCCUAUUCAGUCCUACAGGGAACAAAUUGGUGCGUGGUGGUUAGGCUUUCCAAUUUUUAGUCUGUUACUUAUAGUUCCUGGUUUAUUAAUCUCCUGGUAUCCUCGAAUUCUACCAUCCGAGGUUGUCGAGCAAGCUGCUGCCUCGUUGCUAAAUAUUGCUAACAGAUACGAUCUGUCUCCUCGACCAGUCGUGCGAAAAAUCGCUAGUCCUAAAUUCUUCCCAUCGCUGGGUAGACUGAUGAUUAACAAAACAUUAAUCUGCCAAAUUCUGGCUUUCACUCUGUACAUAACUGCCAUCGUAAAUUUCAUGGGAUUUGAGAAUCUCAUAGCGCAAUCGCGAUAUCAUAUACCGAAACCAACUGGGAUGUUACUGGGCUUUGAAGAUCCAACUUUAUCGAGAUUAAUAGCAAACAUGUUCAAACCGAUUUUAGUCGGGUUGAUUAUAAUUAUGUCGGGUUUAGUAAUCGCGAGGGCAAAGCCAGAAGCUAGAAGUGUCGUCAUUCAUGGCAUCGUCGUUGUCCUCUUAGCAUGCGGAAUCAUUUUCGCGUUGGUUGCCGCUGACUGUGACAGAAAAAAUAUCGUCAGUGAAUCUGACACUUCUCUGGAGUUGUUACAAUACUGUAACAAAGAUUGUGGUUGCUCAGACGAUACCGAUUUUCGUCCGGUCUGCGACAGAAAAAGCGAGUACACGUUUUAUAGUCCUUGCCACGCGGGAUGUACUAUGUUCGAAGAAAGAAAUGGCGUAAACAUUUACAGCGAGUGCGAUUGUGUGAAAGAAAAGACGAAUUCAACAGAGGCGAUAGAUGGACCUUGUAAUUUAAAUUGUCAUGCCAGUUGGAUAAUUUUUGAAGUUGCCACUUUAUUAGUAUAUAUAUUGGUUUCGUCCACUUUUGUGGGGGACGUAAUGGUAAUCUUGAGAUCAGUCAACUCUCAGGAUAAAGCCAUUAGUAUAGGAUUGUCCAUGACGUUCAUAUCCUUGAUCGUAUAUAUGCCAGGGAAAGUGUUGUACGAUGUAAUUGCAAAUUUAACGUGCGAAUAUUCAGGAACUGAGAGCGGACUGUGUCGCCUUCACAAUGGUACAAAUCUAGGCAAUUAUUUGUACUACACAACGGGUUCGUUGUUAGCCCUGUCCGUUAUAUUAAAAAUUCUCGUUUGGAUCUUCUGCGAGGAUAUGAAUUUAUAUGCUGAAAAGCAACAGGAAACUUCAACUGAAUUGCAGGUAUAUAUUAGAAAUCCUGCUGGUGCUGCUGCUGAUAGAGAGCAAACGGAGCAAGAUUUGAAGAAAAUUAAAUACUUGCAUACAUAUAAUGAGGUUCCCGUUCAAGUAGAAGUUACGAACGAGUCACUUAGGAAAACUGCAUCACCGAACGAGGAUCCGCUGGAGGAAGAGGAAGAUAAAAGCGAGAGCGUACCAUUGAAGUACGGUCCAAUAGGUCCUGGCGAUCGUCGAACGAAUUCCAAGUCCUCGUUGAAUUCAAAAUCGUCGCAAACUCGAAAGCCGAGGAUUCGAAACAUAGAUUCCGAGGAUGAAUUAGGUACUAGUGACGAUGAACGCAAGACGAAUUCGAAUCCAAACAUAGAUUACGCACCGUUGGACAUCGAUUCGGACGUAGAAAGCGAUCUGAGCAGCGCUGAGCCGAGAUCCAGAAAACGCAUCGUGGGCAUACACUACGAUCCCGUUUACACCGAUCAAGAUCUGCCCUCGAGGGACUCGAUUUUCGAACGUGAGUUUCCUAAUCCGGACAACUAUGAGGAUCCACGAUUGAACAGGAGGAAUCAACAAUUGGAUGGUUCGAAGAACGACGAAGUUGACGGCUCCGAUAAAAUGCGGAAGAAAGGGGACUUCAACGAAGUCGGUAUACCGAUAAUGGAUCCUUAUGAUUCGAAUUCUUUGAAGAAAAUUAAAUCGUUGAUCGAUCAAUACGAGCAGAACGCUGAACAGCAAGAAACAUCCAAUGAAAAUGGAAGCUAUCCGGAUGGUAAAAUCAUCUCAGGGAUUCCGUUGGUGGCUAUGACGUCGAGAAGGUCCUCGAGAGAUCAGGGCUCGUCACGGUUUAGCACUUUUGAUGCCGGUAAGGUUGCUGAGGGUCAAGAAUCGCGCGGUGGAAGCGUUAGUCCGAAAACAUCCAGUAAAGGAAGCGCAGGGACAUUGCACACCGAUUUCUAA